AUGGCUUGGCGACGCCCGUUUGGCGACCGCGCUAGCGCGCAAGGGUCGGUUGUUGAAGGCCAACGGGAGCAGAUCUCAACUGGCAGCACCCAGUACAUCGGCGAGAAGGGAGGCAACGAUGCGCCGCCUACCUAUCAAGAUGCUUCUGGGGCGCCUGUCGAGAACAACUCACCUUUGGGAUACUCUGUCGGCCCUGUCACGAUCACCCUGUUGAACAUCACGAUGAUGAUUGGCGCGGGUAUCUAUUCUACGCCUGCUUCCAUCCUGAACGGUACCGGCUCCGUUGGUGUCAGCUUCGUCUAUUGGACCCUUGGUUACUUGUUGUGCCUUGCAUCUGGGGCGGUCUAUCUCGAAUUCACGGCCUAUUACCCCAGUCGAUCAGGAUCUGAGGUUGUCUUCCUCGAACAAGCGUAUCCUCGCCCAAUGUGGUUGUUUCCCACUACAUUCGCCGCUCAGAGCGUCAUUCUCUCUUUCGGCAGUGCCAACGCCACAGUCAUGGCCAAUUACCUAAUUGCCAUCUCGGGAUACGAAGGCACCAAUUGGCAGAUCAAGGGCACAGCCCUGGCUUGCUACUCUCUGGCCACGUUAACGCUGGUAUUCAACACAAAGUAUGCAUACUGGUUCUCCAACGGCGUGGGAGUCGUGAAGAUCUGCACCUUGCUCUUCGUAAUCAUCACCGGUUUCGUCGUACUGGGUGGUGGCACCAAGGUUGAGAACCCGAGAGCCAAUUUCCAGGAUGCUUGGUCCGGUAGCAAAACCGCGAGCGCUUAUGGCAUGACCACUGCUCUGUACCGCAUCAUCUUUUCCUACGGCGGCUACAAUAAUGCCUUCAAUGUUGCCAAUGAAGUCAAGAACCCUGUGCGAUCACUCAAGAUUUAUGCGACAGUGGCCUUGACGACCGUGUACAUAUUGUACAUGUUUGCCAAUGUUGCAUUUUUUGCUGCUGUGCCCAGAGAAUUGCUGGAAAAGUCUGGCCUCACUGUAGCCAGCUUGUUCUUCACCCAAGUCUUUGGCAACAGCGGCACUGUCCGCGGACUUAACUUUCUGAUUGCACUAGCUUCCUUCGGCAACAUGAUUGCAGUCGUCAUCGGCUUGUCUCGACGUAUCAGAGAGUGCGGCCGACAGGGUGUCCUGCCUUUCACGAGAUUCUGGGUUUCCACGAAGCCCUUCGGCACCCCGUUAGGCCCUUAUUUCGUCGUCUGGUUCCUCACAGCUUUAAUGAUUCUGGCAAUCCCUGCCGGAGAUGCGUUCACUUUUGUGAAUGAUCUCGGCACCCUCCCUCAGGCCGCCUUCAACUUGGCCAUGGCCGUGGGUAUCUACGUCGUUCGCUGGCGCCGUCGAAAGGCAAAUCUCCCUGAGCCGGAGUUCAAAGCUUGGCAUGUGGUUAUCAUUUUUAACAUCUGCAUCCAACUCUACCUUCUCAUCAUGCCAUGGUACCCCCCGGCAGGUGGACAGUACGCUGGUGAUGUCAGCUUCUGGUACGCGACGUACGCCGUUGUUGGCAUCGGAAUUCUCCUUGUCUGCGCGGCCUACUACUGGCUUUGGGCUUAUCUCCUUCCCAAGUGGAGAGGCUAUGAACUGAGACAAGAGCUUGUUAGCUUUGAGGAUGGGGUUCAAAGCAAUCAACUUCGAAAGGUCCCCAUCGCCGAGGUUGAUGAGUGGGAUCGCAUUCACGAUGCAACUGGUCGUGUCAUUGACCCAUCUGCCGAUGAGGUUCUUGUGCAGGAGAAGGGAGUGCGGAUCUCUUCCGAGGGCAGCAAUUCCGAUGCUGGCAAACAGGUGCCGUCUACUGUGAGAGAGAGUCAACAUGUCUGA